AGAUUUAAGCUUUCGCAAGUUCCCAUAUCAAAAGUGGACAUGCGUUUCGUAUUUGUAUUCGUCCUGUUAUCGGUCCUGGCCCUCAGCCUGGUUUCCGCCAAGGAACAAUCAAAAACUAGCUCAUCGCCAGGAAGGAACAAUGUCGGAGCCACAGUGAAUCCUCGAUUGCGUCCCAAGCGUAAUAUAUUGUUCAAUCGGCCCACCAUUCGUGGCCAAGUGCAACGCUAUAUCUAUGGCUAUCCCUAUCAUAAUGGUAUUCCUACGUACUACAAAUACCCGUACUACGGUUACUUCAGGAUCUAAUCCUUUAGCUAAAAUAAUCAUUUAGCUGCAAAUAAAUGAUUACUGAAUGGUUUUCCUUGUGAUUCACAGCUUCGAAA